AUGGGUAACAAAGCCAGUGAUGGUUCAUUUGUUAAAGACGGAUUCUUAAAUUUGAAAAAGAAAGUACAUGUUGGGGCUUCAAGUAGUACACAUAAUCAAGCUCAGGUCCAUUAUGAAUUGUUCAAGAAUAAAAAACAAAGGAUGGCAUUUCGUGGAUACGAUGAAUCUGAAGAUUCAAACAAUCAAGAAAAUUUUCUUGAACUAUUGUAUUGGUUGUAUGUUCGUGAUAGUUUCUCCUCAAUUUUAGUUUAUGAAUCUCGAGACAUUUCAGUGAAAGAGCAAAUGUCAGUUGUCGUUCGUUAUGUAAAGAAUGUGUGUUUAUUGAAAAUUUUUAUUGGAGUCAUUCAUGUUUCGAGUAUCAUAGCUGCCUCAAUUAAGGCUGCAAUUAAUCAAUUAUUUUCAAUGUAUAGAUUAAGCAUAUCUAAUUUGAAAGGCCAGGGAUAUGAUGGAGCUAGUAACAUGCGAAAAUAUCCGAAAAUUAAAACUUUCUUCACUACAGUACACAAAUUGGUGAAUUUUGUUGAGAGAUCAGCUAAACGAAGUAAUCUUAUUCGAGAGAACUAA